UUUCCUCCUCCUCUGAUUCACCUCAGCUGCAGCUGUUGGUCUGUCGGAGCUCAGACGGAGGAGCAUUUCAGCAGAGUGGAACCCAGACAUGAGCCUGUGUGCCGGGGGAACAGUCUCUGGCUUUACACACGUUUCAGGUAACGACAUCUUUGAAAAAUCAUCAGGACAAAUGUCGGAUGAAUCCACUGGCUUCUGAAUGGAUUCCUGAAGCGUGUUUUUUCGGAGAGCGCGUUUCGUUUUUUGCAAGAGUGAUGAAUGAAAACCAGGAGGAAAACACCAGAAAACAAAACCCGACCUCGCCAUGGAUGUGAGGGUGCAGUGAUUCUAUGGAAACAGCUGUGACUGUAUAAAGUCAGAAUAAAAAAAAAACCUAAACAGCGACAAGUUCUGCAGAACACAGCAUUUUUGCCUUUUACGGAUCAGAUGCUCAGAUGUGAGUUCGCUGAAUACAUUGGUCCUGAGCACCGAGCAGACCCCUGCACUCAGACCGGAGGAUGAUCCCCGGGGUCCCCAGCACGAUAACAACCAUGAUCCCCGCCUCCGAGGCUGCCAAAAUCUAUCAGACCAACUACGUCCGGAACUCCCGCGCCAUCGGCACCCUCUGGGCCAUCUUCACCAUCCUCUUCGCCAUCGUCAACGUGGUGUGCUUCAUCCAGCCGUACUGGAUCGGAGACGGCAUGGACACCCCGCAGGCGGGAUACUUCGGGCUGUUCCACUACUGCAUUGGCAACGGGCUGUCCCGGGACCUGACCUGUAAGGGCAGCUUCACCGAGUUCAGCAGCAUCCCCUCCGGUGCGUUCAAGGCCGCCUCCUUCUUCAUCGCCAUGUCCAUGGUGCUGGUGCUCUCCUGCAUCGGCUGCUUCUCGCUCUUCUUCUUCUGCAGCACCGGCACCGUGUACAAGAUCUGCGGCUGGAUGCAGCUGGCUGCAGGUUUGAAGAUCCGAGUAGAAAUGACUCGGAGCUUAAAUAAAAGGCCAUUGCAAUAA